AUGUCGGAGCCGACUACACCAAUAGAACCUAACUGCCUUACAUCAAGUGAGUGCGUGCGACGUGUCGCCAAAUUGCUCGAGCAACUUGAUGCCGCUGGCCUGCGGUAUGACCCCGCGCAACCCCCAGCUCCCGAUGCGGUGGAGAAUAUUCUUAUUACGGACAAGUGGAGUUGUCGAACCUGCGGUGCGACUGAUGUGAGCACAUGCCCUCAUACUGGCCGCCCGCAUCGCAGGUAUCUUGUUCGCAUCGCGCAAGACAUUUUGCGGCUCAUCGGUGCGAGAACUGGUCAGUUUGUCGUACGUCCGCCGAAGAUGUCCAGCAGUAUGGACGGGAGGUCGCGGUUGCGCAGUUUGCGUCGUGUGACGAUGAACCCUCAGGCUCUUCUGUUGGCGUACUAUUAUGCUAUUCCCUCGUGCGAAGAGGUGGAUUCACUCGUUACUGAAUGCGCUCAGCACUUCUUGGUUUUGUUGGGUCACCUUAAUCAGUACGGAGCGCAGGGGGAAGUGAGUGGAGAGUACGCCGACGCACUUCUUUCAUCGACAGCCCUCAUGUGGCGUGAAUACAGCAGAAGGAUAGCAGAGGGACUGGACCUGUCUAAAAUCACGGACCGCCAAGCUUGUAAGGAUACCCUCCUUAAUGCAACGAAGGAGACUUAUUUGGCCGUCGCACGGGAAAUCCGAAUCUCUCCAUCCAAUGAAUGUUUGAACGCGUUCCUCCAGCUUCUCCGCGUGCGCUUGGGACGUGUGGCACCGCAAGAGGAUUUGGACAAACUUGAGGCGAGCGACCAGCAGCAGCAACGCUAUGACGAUGAUGAGGAACAGGCAGAAUUAAAUCGCCAUGGGAAGUGUAGUCUCAACAGGACCUCCCUUCUACAAUCCUCCGCUCCUCCUGUUCUUCUGUCGGAGGGCAACACGAGUGGAUCUGAUGCAGAAGCGCCUUCGCCUGUUGCCAUUGGUCCCCCGCUGCCGCCAAAUUGGUACAUCGACGAGCACGGCCGCUCAAGACCACCACAGGUAACUGAGGAGCAGCGUCGUAAGGAGAGGUUCUCCAGGAUGGAGUUCCGUGCGAGAAAGGCGUAUGAAACGGUAAUUAAAGUGCCUGAGCAGAAGGAUGAUCCUCUAAAGAAAGAAGUUAUCGCUGCGCUGAACGAUGCGCAACUCGGGAUCCUUGCGGAGCAGUGCAAUCAACAACCGCCGGAUUUGCGUAAUGUCCCCUCUUUCCUAAACCUUGUUGUUGAAGGCCUGUUGAAUGCCCUUCCGCGUCGCCUGCGGUCACGUGUCGAGCAGGAGGUGCGCGACGUUUUGGAUUGGAGGGUUGUGCGUCGGUCCGUAAUGGGUAGUCCGGGGAACAUUUCGGUCCUCACGCGGUACGUAAUGGGAAAGGUAGCGCAAUAUGGGGCGCCGGCGAAGUCAGAGGAGACUCUGAGCCUCGCGGAGCGUAUCAGUGAGGAUCUGGAAAAGUGCCUCCCAGACUUGGGGACUGCAGUUGCCAACGCUUUUCGAGUCAUGUUCUCUUCUAUCCGCCAGCUGCACGAAGACGUAGCUCACUACUCAUUACUGUAUAUAGCCCCCCAACUUCGGGACAAUGCGGUGCCUUUUAUGCGAGAGUUUAUUGUUGAGUGCCUGCCGUCUGUAGAAAAGUGGGAGAGCUCACUUGCUUUUGUAAGGCGGUACUUUAAUGAUGAGCGUGUAACGGCGUGGAUAGCUUCGCCCGUCGCAGCGUCGCUAACAAUUGUGACGGAGAGUGCAAAGCGACUCCGCGGAUGUUUGGUAUUUGGGCUGAUAGAUCUCCUGCGCAGUAGUGGUUGUCAGCCGAACGAACGGUGGCAUGAUUAUCCGACAGAAUGUUUCUUCUUUGAGAAACCGAUUGUUUUUUUUGCUGCGAAUGCCGUGCAGGAGUGUGCCUUGUUGCUGCUGCUCUCAGGAACGGUUUCUACUAUCUUUAGAGCCAAGGGGAUGGAUUCUGCCACCAUUAACGGUAUUCUAAAGCAACUACACGACAAGUUUCGUCGUUUACUCUCCGAGCAACUGACACUCUCUCUUUUGAAGACGUGUGUAAGUGAUUUGAUGAGGAAAGUGCUGGUUGAAACGAAACCCGAGUGUGUUCUUACCGAUGCGGAAGUUCAGCAGCUCAAUGGCGCUGUCGAGAAAAUGACCGACACGGGCUCCACCUUGUACAUGACCUUCGAGAAGAGAAUUAUAUUAUUUAUCGAAGCGGUUCUGGCACGCGGGGAAAAUGACCCUGCACCACUUGGCCUGGUAACCGAUUCCCUGAAGCAAGUUGCGGCUUUACUCCAACGCGCGCUGACUCUCAAUUGGGAAGUUUAUCGCCUCGUUUAUGAUGGAUUGCUCUCUCAUGUUGAGCAGCAGGAGGCGUCCGCUUAG